AUGGCGGAACCUCGUGCGCGUGCGGCCCGGCACAAGGGUCAAAUGAAUUUCGCCUCCGAACUCCGGCUCUUGCUUCUCGCCUACGGUGAUCCAAGCCCCGACCCCUCGUUCCCCGCAGAGCCCCUGCCUGAAACGGUUCGCGUCCUGGAUGAAGUUGUUACCGACUUUAUCCUUGAACUUUGCCACGGUGCAGCCCAGGUGGCGCAUCAUGCGAAUCGUCAGAAAGUCAAGGUUGAUGACUUUCGCUUUGCUCUUCGCCGGGAUCCUAACAAGCUCGGUCGUGUGCAAGAACUGCUUCAUAUGGAACGGGAAUUGAAGGAAGCGCGCAAGGCUUUCGAUCAAAACGACGACCAAGUGGCCAAGGAUGCCGGCAAGAAGGGCGCUGCUGCAUCGCCCGAUGACCUGGAUGGAUCCGAGAGCGUGACGGGCGCCGAUAAGGCUAGCAAGAAGGGCAAGGGCAAGGGCAAGAGAGCUGCUGCGCCCCGCCGCGAAUCCGACGCUACGGAGGAUUCGGUCCCAAAGAAGCGGAAGACUGUGGGUUGA